AUGGCUCAGAAAUCACCUCUCAACAAAUCAGCUCUGCAAGGAAAAGGGAAUGCCAUAUCUGUCAAAAGUGUAAAGGGAGAUACAAAUGGGCAUACCGAUGACUUCGCAAAAGAGCACAUGACUGGUGGUUGGAGACCUGUUGUGUGUUAUUUGUUUAUGCCUGGCUUUACAUGUUACGGCAAACCUUUGCUUCAUGAAGGGGGCAAGCAGCUUCCAUACUAUUGUUCGGCAUAUUCCAGCUUUUACCUCACAAUUGCUGUUAUGGCCGUACUCCAUGCAACAGGAGUUUUCCCUAUCAGUACUAUUCUAGACGAGUUUGGUCCCAUAUUGUCUGUGGCCAUCAUAUCAGGUUUUCUAAUGAGUUUCUACGCCUACUUUUCAGCCUUCGCUCGCAGUGCCCAACAUCGCAUCACAGGGUAUCCUAUUUAUGAUUUCUUCAUGGGUGCUGAGCUCAAUCCACGAUUAUUCGGUAUCCUGGAUUUCAAGAUGUUCUAUGAAGUCCGAAUUCCAUGGUUCGUUUUGAUCGGCUUAAGCUGCGCGAAUGCCACACGACAGUACGAACGAUACGGCUACAUCUCUGGGGAAGUCAUGUUUCUUGUCAUGGCUCACUUCCUCUAUGCCAAGGCUUGUGCCAAGGCCGAACAUCUCAUCACCACAACCUGGGACAUGUACCAAGAAAAAUUAGGUUUCAUGUUGGCUUUCUGGAAUAUGGCUGGUGUGCCUUUUCAUAUUGUCACUGCACGCUAUAUCUUGCCAAUCAUGAUCCAGCACUAUAUUCCUGGAACAAAUAUGCGCUUAUGA